CAGCUCCAUCCAACGCAAAUAAGCAUAUGAUUGUGGCACGGCAAGUUGUACAAUUCUCCGGGAAGUACCCCACUGAAGACGCAGUAACUCUCCGGCCAUGGAUUACGCAUAAUCUGUUUCGCGAAAUAUACGUAGCGGUGCGUGCGAAUGUGUGAAAGUAUGAAUCGAAUACAAAGCAUUUUGUGUGCGGGAUGAUGCAAUGUGGCAACAGAACAACGGCACCGAGCAGCAGAGCCAGCCAACCAAAACAACCAAACGGAACCAAAUUCGCGAAAAUUCUAUUGUGCGUGUGUGAUGUUCAGGGGGUGAAGGAAAUGCCAGUGAGAACAUGGUGUGAAUAUGAUGAAUAAAUCCAUCAAACCAUCGCAACCGUAAUGACGCUCCAGCGUGUGAAACAUUUGACCGCGAUUUACAGACAUGCAGUGCGUCUUUCUUUAUGAUUUCGAUUCACUUUAUUUCCCACCUCCCUGUGUGAAUGUGUUCUGUUCUGUUGCAUUCGCUCUGCCAUCGGAAGAAAAAAGUGACCAUAAACAGUGCACUGUCCGAUGAAGGCCAUCCCUUCGCAUGCUGCGUUCAGCAAAAAAAUAUAUCUAGUUUACUAAAGUUUUAGAAACAUUUUCCUAGUGGUAAAUAAAAACUGCGCCAUGUAUGCGAAGGUGCAAAUGUUUUGGCUGCUGCUGCUGGCGACGGUGGCAGCACGCGGCGGAUUUGCUACCGACGGAAAAAUUGCGUCUCCUUCAUCGUUGUCUCAGCAGCAGGACUGCACAGCCGUUGCAAAAGAUGAAGAGACGAUGCUCGUGUUUUCCACGCUCGGCGGUGGAUUGACCGCAAUCGAUCCGCUGACCGGUGAAACGCGCUGGUCCAUCGCAGACGAACCGGCGAUCCGUGUGCCGACCCCGUCCGAUACGUCCGCCCACUAUCUGCCCGACCCGCGGGACGGCAGUCUGUAUCGCAUGAACGGUCUGGAGGGAGGUUUGAAAAAGCUUCCGUACACCAUACCCCAGCUGGUGGCCAGUGCACCGUGCCGCUCGAGCGAUGGCAUACUGUACUCCGGCAAGAAGAGUGACGUUUGGUUCUUGAUCGACCCGAAGACGGGUCAGCGGGAGAAAGUGCUCGGUUUUGGUGGAGCGCCACCAUCCGCGAAAGACGCCGGACCCGACUCGAUCGGUUGGGCAACGUCCAGGGCGGUGUAUUUGGGCCGCACACAAUAUACCGUCAUGAUGUACGACAGUCUCGCAACCGACCGGAACAGUAAACCGUGGAACGUAACGUUCUUCGACUAUUCGGCCCAUUCCAUGGCACCGGAGCUAACGAAAGAGUACGAGUUCCUCCACCUUACCAGUAGCUCGUCCGGACUGACGGCCACUUUCGAACAGAACAAAGGUACGCCCAUGUGGCAGAAGGAUCUUUCCAGCCCGGUCGUUGCCGUCUUUCUGCUCGGCUCGGAAGGAUUGCUCAGCGUUCCAUUCCAGACCGUAUCGGACGAGGUGCUGCAGGACAUAAACGAACGGGCCAAGAGCGGCAACUUUGACAACAUGAAGCUAUUUGAAACCGUUUACAUUGGUGAGGCUGGCAACAAUCUGUACGCGAUACCGUCGCUGGUGGACAAAAACACUGCCACACUACCCUCAGAACCGACGAUCAAUCUGUUGGGUGGACCGUUGAAAGGACGAUCCCCGCCGACGUUUGGUGGCGGUGGGCAGGCGGACGCUUCCGGCCGGGAGCUCAUCUCAAAGGCAUCCCGUAUCGGUGGCAAGAAUGAAAACAUCAUAAUACUGGGCCACUACCAAACACCCAAAACGGACGAUCGGUUGAAGCUGGACAUUGUACCGAGCGGUCCAUCGGCAUCGAUGGGGAAAGAUUUCUGGAAGCAUCAGGAGCUUUCCACCAUGCUCGUCGGUGGUCCUUCCGGCUUACCGAAGCUACCGAACGUGCCGAAAAACACUCACACAAUCGGCGUACAGACGGACGACGAGCCGGAUGAGCCGGCGCUUGCGUACGGAGAAACGAACGAAACGAGCUCAACCAAGCUGCAGGGUAGCACGGAUCUUAUUCGCGCACUGUUUGGGCGUUUGUAUGCGGACACGAAGCUGUGGCUGGAUGCGCAACCCAACAAGCUGCCAACGAUGCUAAUGAUCGCCCUGUUCGGACUGGUGAUCUUUGGCUUUUGGUACAUCCAUCUGCAGAUGAAAGCCCUGCAGGAGCAAAGUCAAGGAGGAUCGCAGACGAGCAAUUCGAACCGUAGCGGAUCGAACGGAAGUGGUGGCAGUGGUGGCGGUGGCAGUUACAGUGAACCGAUCGAUUUCGGCGAUGGAGAGAUGCGCGUGGGCAAGAUCAAUUUCAACACGCAGAACGUGCUCGGCAAGGGAUGCGAAGGUACGUUUGUGUUUCGUGGCACGUUCGAGAAGCGCGAGGUGGCCGUGAAGCGUAUUCUACCGGGAUGCUUCACAUUGGCCGAUCGAGAAGUUACCCUGCUGCGUGAGAGUGAUGCACACGAAAAUGUGGUGCGCUAUUUCUGCACCGAGCAGGAUCGUCAGUUCCGGUACAUCGCGGUCGAGCUGUGUGCAGCAACGCUGCAGGAUUACGUCGACGGUAAAGGCACAUCGGCCGUCGUUGCAGCGAACCGGGUGACGGUGGGUUUGCUGCGCACCAAGAUCUCUGCACUGGACAUUCUACGACAAGCGACCAGCGGCCUGAUGCAUCUACACUCGCUCAGCAUCGUCCAUCGGGACAUUAAACCGCAGAACAUUUUGCUCUCGCUGCCCGACAACAGGCAACGCGUACGGGCGAUGAUCUCGGACUUUGGGCUGUGCAAAAAGCUGAACUACGGGAAGGCGAGUUUCUCCCGCCGGUCCGGUGUGACCGGUACGGAUGGAUGGAUCGCACCGGAAAUGCAACGCGGCCAGCGUGCGACAACGUCGGUGGACAUCUUCUCGCUGGGCUGCGUGUUCUAUUACGUGCUGUCCGAUGGGUUCCAUCCGUUCGGGGACAAUCUCAAGCGGCAGGCAAACAUCCUCUCGAACGAGUACGAUCUCGGUAUGCUGCGAAGGGAAAGCUCGCAACCCGACUGUCGCACGAUCCUGGCGGAAGAGAUCGUCAGCGAUAUGAUACAGUGCGACCCGGGCAAACGGCCCACCGCCAAGACGAUCGCAAAUCAUCCGUUGUUUUGGAAGAAUGAGCGAAUACUUGCGUUCCUGCAGGAUGUGAGCGAUCGGGUGGAGAAGCUCGAGGUGAUGACCGAACCGUUACGGUCGUUGGAGAAAAAUGCACGGUUUGUGGUGCGGGACGAUUGGAGCCGGUAUCUGGAUGCGGAAAUUACGGCCGAUUUGAGAAAGUUCCGCGGCUACCAGGGAUACAGCGUGCGGGAUCUUUUGCGGGCGCUAAGGAAUAAGAAACAUCACUACCACGAACUGACGCCCUCCAUGCAACGAGCGCUCGGUACGAUUCCGCACCAAUUCACCCAAUACUGGAUCAGUCGCUUUCCACGCUUGCUUUCGCACAGCUAUCACGCACUAGCCGAUAGCUCGCGGGAACCCAUCUUUAGGCACUAUUACAAUGACGAUGAAGAUACGGAUACGCAGCACGCGAGCUCCGGUGGUUCGGUACCGUCCUCCCAGUCCAGUGGGUACAAAUUUACCAAACCACACUAUUUCAAUCAGGACGGUAAUGAUAAUUACGAACUAAUCCGGUACUACGAAACAGCACAAUUAAUGAAAAAUAGCACAAAAAGUCCAAAGCGUCGACCAGCGGCUGGUGGGUCGGAUGGACAGGAAGCAGCGACAUCGACCGCGGACCGUAAGCUCGGACCCGGCUCGGUACCAACCAAGCGGGGAACGUACAAUUUUGUUAAAUCCAAUGCUGGAGGUUUCAUAACGCGCCAGCAGAUGCGAGAAUCGUUUGAAUCGGCACAGGAUGCCACCAACAGCAGCGUCGCUAGUGGUGGCGCGUCGAAAGACGCGAUCAGUGGGGAAGGUAGUAGUGUUGCCGCUAAUCAGCGGAGAAGAUACACUCCCGGCGAUGAUGAUCCAGAUAAUCAGCCGCAGACAGUUAACCAAACUACUAACGUAAGACGGCGUGAGGUGCCAGCGAAGGUGACGUGGAAUUUAGAUGCAAUGGUAUCAUCACAGAAAGAGAGGACCAGCAAUGAGUGAGCAUUCCGUUUUUUUUAUUAUUUUUAUCAAAAAAGUUGCUUUAAUUUUUGUUAGAAUGCUUUACAUUUUCUAGCGCAUUGAACGGUGCAAUAUGAUCUUUUAUUUUAAAUUCGAUUUUCCUUACUGGCCUAAAGAGAGUGGCCUUGAUGGGAUUUGAUACCGGCUCGAUUUCGUUGUGGCAACUAAUCCCUAGAUUACUAAUCCAGAGUAAUAACUACACACUACUCUAUCGCACGUAACGCGAUAAGACCAGGUACAACGAUUAAUCUUCAUCCCUUUUUCAAGCACUCGCUCUUGACAAGUUUGAUCGCUUUUUGAUAUAAUUUACCGGUCCGUCCGACUGGACUCUGUGUGUUGAGCAAAUGCACCACCCCCGGGAGUAGGCUCCGGAAAGUCGAAUUAGGUUAGGUUAGGCCGAAAGACGAGAAAUCUUAAACAUACUUCAGAGAGAAAAAAAAACACCUUUUUACUACCUUAGUCUGUGAUAUCGUGUGUGGUAGCGUUUAAGGGUCGACAGGUUCUCACGGCAAGGUGAGAAGUAGCUUUGUGCAUAGUGAUAGUUUUUUUGUACUGAUAAUUAGGAAAGCAGCACGAUAACACUAAUUAGUAGGGCAAAAUAUACACACAUCAAAUCAGGUGUAAUCUUUGUGGCCAAUAAUAGCUAAAUUGUAAAUAGUGUGCGUGCGGGACCUAAAACUGCUGCACAACACACGGUUGGCAGCGGUUGGCCGUCGGGUAAGCUACAAUAAAGCGCAUUUACUGUGGGAUAA